CGGGAGUGCGCAGUGCGGCGAUCAGUGGUGCGCUGUAUCCUUUGGACACAGCGGAUCCCUGAUCAACGGAAAGAGCCAAAAACAUCGGCUCAGUCAUGUGAUCAGCUGUGUCCAAUCACAGCUGAUCGCAUCUGUCAUGCUGUGAGAGACAGUAAUCAUUCCUCAGAGGGGACAUGUACACUGAUCAUCAGGGCACUGACGAUCAGUCCCCAGCAGUGCCACCUGUCAGUGUCCAUCAAUGCCAGCUGUCAGUGCUCAUCAGUGCCACCUGCCUGUGCCCAUCACUGCCACAUCAAUACCACAUAUCAGUGCCUACCAGUGCACAUAAAUGCCACAUGUCAGUACCCAUCUGAGCUGCCUUUCAGUGUCACCUAUCGGUGCCAGUCAGUGCCACCUAUCAAUGCCAGUCAGUGCCACCUAUCAGUGCUGCCAAUCAGU